AUGCUCUUCUCCCUGGCCAGAAUGUUGGAAUUCCCAAUGAAUGAAGCUUUUUGUUUCCUUUGGAUUUCUUGUGUUUUAAUUUCUUCACUGGGUCAGCAAGGAACAGAAGUCUUUCAGUGUGACAAUGGGGUCUCUUUGCCUCCUGACAAUGUGUGUGACUUCACAGAUCAGUGUGGGGACAACAGCGAUGAAGAGAAAUGCUCUAAUUAUGAAAGAUGUGAUUUUGAGGAUGGGCUCUGCAGUAUGGCACAAGAUCAGAGUCCUCAACGUGGCUGGACAAAGGGAAAUGGGAUGACUGGUUUGUCACCUCCAUUUUAUGAUCACAACGGUGACAUGUCUGCCCAUUUCCUCUCACUGGGCUCCAAAGUGGAUUCUACUUCCUCAAACUUAAGAAGCAGAGUUUUCCUUCCGACUAAUGAUCAAUAUACUUGUCAGAUUACAUUUUAUUGCUUCUUCAGCCAAGCGAGUGGCAAUUUAAUGGUAGGACUUCAAACUGCAUGUCAUGAUCCUAUUCAGCAUUUGUGGCAAAACACAGCUGAACUCCAAAAUCAAUGGGAGAGAAACGUCAUUAAAAUCCAGAGCUCACAGAUAUUUCAGGUUGUUUUUCAAGGUCAAAUGAUUUCAGCUCAUGAACAGGAUGAAGUCAUUGCUCUUGACGAUAUAUCUUUCAGUCCAGGCUGCUUGCCUGCAAAUGAUGAGAGUUUACCAUGUCAAGAAACAUCAAAUACGGAGCAGGAACUAUGCCAUCCAGAUACAGAUCUCUGCAGAUUUGAUUAUACAGAUGAAGGACUGAGAUUGUGUCAAGCCUGUGGAUUUGAAUUUGACAUGUGUCACUGGGCAUCAGAGGCAUCUGCUGGACAGAUUUCCUGGAUGCGUGUGAAAGCAAGCGAGGUCCCUGCAUCAGAAUCCACACCUCAGCAGGAUCAAAGUGGUAACGAUGAUGGUUACUAUCUGUGGUUAGGAACUAAGCAUGCUUUUACUCUUAAGAACUUACACAGCAGGGCUUAUCUAAAUAGCUCUGAAUGUCACUGCUUGGGCAAGAGCUGUCAUCUUCAAUUCUAUUACUCUAUGGAAAACAGUGUUCUGAGAGUACAAUUGUAUAAUAAUAAGGAAGAAGAAAUAUUUUGGACAUACAACACAUCAACUAACAGCAAAUGGGUGAAAGCAGAUGUGUUAAUACCAGAAGCUCUGAAGACAUUUAAGAUUAUUUUUGAAGGGGUGAUUUUAAGCCAAAGGAGUUUUAUUGGGCUCGAUCAGCUCUGGGUCUAUGCCUGUGGUCAGGCCCAAUCCAGAAAGCUUUGGUCUGCAGAUGAAUCCACUUGUGCUAGUGGCCAGUGCAUUACUGAAGAAUCAGUCUGUGAUUCUCAAAGGGACUGUUCUUAUGAGAGUGAUGAAGACCCAACAACUUCCUCAAAUCAUCUCACCUGUGACUUUGAGUCUGGUUUGUGCGGCUGGGAGCCAUUUCUCACAGAAAAUUCAGCCUGGGAGGUGGUGAAAGGAUUCAGUGACGGAGAGCACAAUUUUCCUAAAGCUGCUCACAUAGCAAACACAAAUCAUGGAUCAUUUAUUUAUUUGAGUGCACAUCAGUCCCCUGGUGUGGCCAAGCUUGGAAGUCCUAUCCUUACAAAAUUGCUCACCGUCUCUACUCCAUGUCAGGUGCAGUUUUGGUACUAUUUGUCCGAGCAUUCACAUCUUACAGUUUUUACAAGAACAUCACUAGAUGGCAAUUUGCAAAAGCAAGAUGAAAUAAUUGGAUUCUCUGAAUCUCAGUGGAGCCAAGCAAAAAUUGAUCUCUAUGCAAAAGCAGAAGAAUCUACUCUGCCUUUUCAGUUAAUUUUAGAAGCUACUGUUUUGUCAUCAAAUGCUACCGUUGCUUUAGAUGACAUCAGUAUAUCCCAGGAAUGUGAAAUUUCCUACAAAUCACUUCCAGGUACUACCAUACAAAAUGAAGUUUCCAAUUGUGAUUUUGAGGCAAACAGCUGUGGUUGGUUUGAAGCAGUUGGUGGUGAUGAUUUUGACUGGAUAUGGAACUCCCGAAGUAACCUUUCCGCUGAUUUUGAACAACAGGCCCCACCUCAGGAUCAUACUGUCAACACAACUGAAGGGCAUUUUAUGUUCAUUCUGAAGAAAAGCAGCAGCUUGUCACAAAUUGCUAAACUCCAGAGCCCAACUUUCAGCCAGGCAGGACCCGAAUGCACACUUUCCUUCUGGUUUUAUAACUAUGGCCUGAUGGUGGGAACAAUGGGGCUGCAGCUACAUAUGGAAAAUUCCAAUGACUCCACAGUACUCUGGAGGGUAUUUUAUAACCAGGGUAACCGCUGGUCAGAGGCAACCAUUCAGUUAGGGCGUCUUACUCAGCCCUUCCAUUUGUCACUAGAUAAAGUCAGCCCUGGCAUUUAUGAUGGAGUCUCAGCUAUUGAUGACAUCAGAUUUGAAAACUGUACUCUUCCCCCUCCUAGUGAGAACUGCACCAUGCCAGAUCAUUUCUGGUGUCGACACACCAAAGCUUGCAUAGAAAAGCUUCGGUUAUGUGAUCUGGUAGAUGAUUGUGGUGAUGGCACUGACGAGGUUGACUGUGCACCAGAACUACAGUGUAACUUUGAAAAUGGAAUUUGUAACUGGGUGCAAGAUACAGAAGAUGACUUUGAUUGGACCAGGAACCAGGGUCCAACGCCGACACUCAAUACAGGGCCAGUGAAGGAUAAUACUUUGGGCACAGCUCAAGGACACUAUCUCUACAUAGAAUCUUCAGACCCACAGGUUUUCCAGAACAGUGCUGUGUUACUCAGCCCUAUCCUUAACGCCACUGAUAUAAAGGACUGCACCUUCCGCUUAUAUUACCACAUGUUCGGAAAGCGCAUUUAUAGGCUGGCUAUCUACCAGCGAAUCUGGAGUAAUACAAAAGGACAGCUGCUGUGGCAGAUAUUUGGGAACCAAGGCAACAGAUGGAUAAGGGCACACCUCAACAUUUCCAGCAGGCAGCCUUUCCAGAUUUUGGUGGAGGCUUCAGUGGGAGAUGGCUUCACUGGAGAUAUUGCAGUAGAUGAUCUGUCAUUCAUGGACUGUACCCUCUACCCUGGUAAUCUGCCAGUGGACCUUCCAACUCCAACAGAAACUUCAGUUCCUGUAACACUACCUCCACACAAUUGCACAGACGAUGAAUUUGUCUGCAUGUCCAAUGGUCACUGUGUUGAAAAAAUUCAGAAGUGUGAUUUUAGAUAUGACUGCCAUGACAAAUCAGAUGAAUCAUCUUGUGUUAUGGAAGUUUGCAGCUUUGAGAAGGAAAACCUGUGUAAAUGGUAUCAGCCAAUCCCAGUUAAUUUACUUCAAGAUUCAAACACAUUCAGGUGGGGACUUGGUAAUGGGAUCGGUAUUCAUCCUGGGGAAGAAAACCACAGGCCCUCGGUGGAUCAUACAAAAAAUACCACAGAUGGCUGGUACCUGUAUGCUGAUAGUUCAUAUGGGAAGUUUGGUGACAUGGUUGACAUCCUGACUCCUGUCAUUUCACUCACGGGACCACACUGUACCUUGGUGUUCUGGACUCACAUGAAUGGUGCCACAGUUGGUUCACUCCAGGUACUCACCAAGAAAGGCAACGUUACUUCUAAAUUGUGGGCUCAAACUGGACAGCAAGGCACACAGUGGAAGAGAGUAGAAGUAUUUUUAGGCAUUCAUGAACACACACAGAUUGUCUUCAGGGCAAAACGUGGUGUCAGUUACAUGGGAGAUGUAGCAGUGGAUGAUAUUUCCUUUCAAGAUUGUCCCCCUUUACUUAGCCCAGACAGAAAGUGCACUGCUGAAGAAUUCACAUGUGCUAACAAGCACUGCAUUGCCAAGGACAAGCUUUGUGAUUUUGUGGAUGAUUGUGCUGAUAAUUCAGAUGAGAGUCCUUUCAUCUGCAGUACCUCCAGUGGGCGCUGUGAUUUUGAAUUUGAUCUUUGUUCCUGGGAGCAAGAGCAGGAUGAAGACUUUGACUGGAAUCUGAAAAUUAGCAGCAUCCCCACUGCAGGGACAGAGCCAGCUGUGGACCACACCUUGAGAAAUUCAUCUGGUCAUUACAUUUUUAUAAACAGCUUGUAUCCUCAGCAGCCCAUGAGAGUAGCCAGAAUUUCAAGCCCAGUUAUAAGUAAGAGAAGCAAAAACUGCAAGAUCAUUUUUCAUUAUCACGUGUAUGGAAAGGGCGUUGGGGCACUCACCUUGAUCCAGGUAUCAGUCUCAAACCAAACGAAGGUCCUGCUUAACCUCACUGUUGGACAAGACAAUUUUUGGCAGAGGAGAGAACUAUCGUUGUUUGGUGAUGAAGACUUCCAACUCAAAUUUGAAGGUAGAGUUGGGAAAGGCCACCGUGGUGACAUUGCACUUGAUGACAUUAUACUUACACGGAAUUGUCUAUCAUCCCAUCACCCUAUGAAUGGAGAACUGGCAUUGUCUCUUCCAACAGGUUACUGCCCAACUGGCUGUCAGGAACAUCAGAAUGGCAAAUGCUAUAGAUCCGAGGAAAGCUGUAGUUUUGUAGAUGACUGUGAAGAUAAUACUGAUGAAGAUGAAUGUGGCAGCUCCUGUACUUUUGAAAAAGGCUGGUGUGGCUGGCAAAACUCCCUGGCUGACAAGUUUGAUUGGGUUUUGGGGGUAGGCUCUCAUCAAAGCCUGAGACCUCCCAAUGACCACACACUCGGAAAUGAAAAUGGGCACUUCAUAUAUCUGGAGGCCACUCCCGAGGGUUUGCUGGGGGACAAAGCACACCUGAGGAGUGUGAGGUGGCAAGAAUCCAGCACUGCCUGCACCCUGAGCUUCUGGUAUUUCAUAUCUGCAAAAGCCACAGGGUCCAUUGAGAUUCUCAUUAAGACAGAAAAAGGGCUAUCAAAAGUAUGGCAAGAAAGUGAUUGGAACCCUGGUAAUGAUUGGCAAAAGGCUGUCAUCCUUCUGGGAAAGUUAAGAAAUUUUGAAGUCAUAUUUCAAGGUAUCAGAACAAGGGAUCUGGGAGGAGGCGCUUCAGUUGAUGAUAUUAAAUUUAACAACUGCUCCACUGUGGGAGAGACUUCUGAGAUUUGCCCAGAAUCCACUGAUUUUUUGUGUCAGGACAAGAAGUGUAUCGCCCACCACUUCGUCUGUGACUACAAACCAGACUGCUCGGAUAGGUCUGAUGAAGCUCUCUGUGGACAAUAUACAAGCACAACAGGAAGCUGCAAUUUUGAAACAACUUCAGGCAACUGGACUACGGCCUGCGGUCUUACUCAAGCCUCUGAGGAUGACUUGGACUGGUCCAUCGGCAGCAGAAUUCCUACUGAAGCAUUGACUCCAGACUCUGAUCACACACCAGGUAGUGGCCAGCACUUCCUGUAUGUCAACUCAUCUGGCCCCAAAGAAGGAUUAACUGCAAGAAUCACAACCUCCAGUUAUUUCCCAGCAAGCCUCGGAAUGUGUACCGUUCGGUUCUGGUUCUACAUGGUUGAUUCCAGGAGCAUGGGGAUAUUAAAGGUGUACGUCAUUGAAGAAUCAGGGCUAAACAUCCUGGUGUGGUCAGUGAUUGGAAAUAAAAGAACUAGAUGGAUGUAUGGAUAUGUACCUAUCUCUAGUCACAGUCCAUUCAAGGUGGCAUUUGAAGCUGAUCUUCGUGGAGACGAGGACAUCUUUAUUGCCCUUGAUGACAUCUCUUUCACUCCUGAGUGUGUGUCUGGAAGUCCUGUCAGAGCACAGCCAUCACCCUGUGACGCUGACCAAUUCCCUUGUAUAUACACACUCCAGUGUAUCCCUCUCUCUGGGAAGUGUAAUGGACAGGAAGAUUGCGUAGACGGAUCUGAUGAAAUGGAUUGUUCCCUCAAGCCCUCUCCUCAGCCCUGUGGUGAAAAGGAGUUCCAGUGUUCUGCAGACAAGUGUCUCCCAUCCCUCCUGCUGUGUGAUGGAGUGCCCGACUGUCACUUUAAUGAAGAUGAAUCUGGCUGCUCCAACAAGAGCUGUUCUAAUGGAGCUCUGACUUGCACCUCCUCUGACAGCUGUAUCCCAGCUCACCAGCGCUGUGAUGGUUUUGUUGAUUGCAUGGAUUUCCAACUUGAUGAAUCCACCUGCUCAGAGUGUCCAGUAAGUUACUGCAAAAACGGUGGGACUUGUGUCGUAGAGAAGAAUGGUCCUAUGUGUCGAUGCGGACAAGGAUGGAAAGGAAAUCGAUGCCACAUCAAGUUUAAUCCUCCUGCUUCAGAUUUCACGUACACCCAGAAGAGUAUUUGGAUUCUUCUGGGUAUUGGAUUAGCAUUUCUGAUGACUCAUAUUAUCGUCACCAUCUUGUGUUCUCUUGCAAACAGAAAAGUGCCAGUAAGAAAAACUGAGGGAAGUGGUAACUGUGCAUUUGUCAAUCCAGUUUAUGGGAAUUGGAUCGACCCAGGGAAGACAGAGGAUUCUAUAUACUCCUUCUCAAAUCCACUAUAUGGCACAGCAACAGGAAGCCUGGAGACCAUGUCUCAGCAUUUCAAAGGGUAG